CCACGUGGCAUCUUUCAUAUAUGAAGCUUCGUGGCUUGGCAUUCAAUUUCAACUCGUUCUGUUCAACUUUUUAACUUUAAUGAAACGUAUCAAAAAGAAAAGAACAAAUUUAAGAAAAUGAGCUAUGGCUGCUUUCUAUGGCCUAAAUCUGAAGCCAUACUGUAAGUAUGUGCAAGUGGUAUCAAAAUCAUUUCACAUUUCGACCGUUGCACUGGACGAGGGGGAUUUUGUCAAGUUUUAUUUAACAAUCCACAAUCGGAAGUUUGCGCUGGCGACUCUGAGCAAAUCCAUUCCGCAAGCGGUGUUAGACUUGAACUUUAGUCGCGGCGAAGAAUUAAUUUUUGAAUCGAUUGGCAAUGGUACAAUGUCCAUACUUGGCUACGUGCAUGACGGCCAUGACUCGGAUGACGACUCAUUAUUAGGCGAAGCAGGUCCAGAGAAUACGGACACUACAACAGCACGCAACUGGUAUGCCAAUGGAGAACACUACUAUCGUGACGAUACCGACAACGGUAUGGACAUGAAUUACGAUGAACGAACCUCAAAUGAUGGGCAGUACCUUAACCAUGGACACCCCCACAACGAAUGGCCGACCGACAACCAUGUGCAGUCCGACGAAGAUGUGGAUUCUGUUACCGCUAGGCAGACUGACACCGAUAGGAGAUCUUGCCGAGCUGACCCGUUGAACACCGAUGGAAAGUCUAACAACGGUGCGCUGGCCGACAACCUUAGGAGGUCAAACCGCGGUGGCCAACCUGACAACCGUGGACAGUUCGACAACGAUGGAGAGUCUGAUAGCGAUAGGACUUCUUAUACGAAUAGUCAUUCGGACCCCGAUAGAAAGUCUAUCACCCAUGGGAAGUCUGGUACCGAAAGGCAGCCUGACAGCAAUGGCCGGUCGAAUACUGAUAGGAAGACUCACACUGGUCAAUCCGACACCGAUGGGACAUCUUCCACCGGUAGCCACUCGGACACAGAUAAGAAGUCCGUCACCAAUGUGAAGUCAGACAAAGGAGUGAAGUUAGACAACCUCAGAAAUUCUGAGAACAAUGGAUUGUCCGCCAACCUUAGGUCAAACAGUAGGGACCAAUUGGACAAUCCUGGGCAUUCCGACACCGAUGGGCAGUCAGGCAGCGAUAGGACAUCUUACACCGAUAGCCAUUCAGAUUCAGAUACAAAGUCUAUCGCUCAUGAGCAAUCUGCAACUAAUGUACAGGAUCUGAAGUCGGACAACCUUAGUAAGUCUGAGAACAAAGAGCUAUUCGAAAACCACGCGACCAGACAACCAGAACAGUCUGACAACGAUGGAGACUCUGACACCGAAAGGACAUCUUACACUGAUAGUCACUCGGACACGGAUAGGAAGUCUAUCACGCAUCGGCAGUCUUGCACCAAUAAUAAGUCUAACAUCGAUGCUCACUCUAACGCCGAUAAGAAGUCGAUAACAGAUGUCCUCGCUGACAGCGUUAGUAGGUCUGAUAGCGAUCGGCACUCUAACACUGACAGCAAGUUUUACGCCGAAAGCCACCCUGACAAUGCUAGAAAAUUAAUCACUGAUGGCCAGUCUGAAACUGUUGCGCCGGCUGACAAGGAUGUAAGGUCGGACAGCGAUAUGCAAUCAGACAAGCUAAGGAUAUCAAACAACGUUGACCAAUCAGACAAUUAUUUGCAGGCUGACAACGUUAUGGAGUCUGACACCGAUAGAACGUCUUACACGGAUAGUCACUCGGAUACCGAUACGAAGUCGAUCACUCAUGGUCUGAAAAUCGAUAAAAUCGAUCGAAAGUCAAUCACAGCUGGCCACUCUGACACCGAUAGUAGGUCUGACAGCGAUGGACAGUCCGACGCGGAUAGCAAGUCUUACACCGAUAGUAACUCUGACAGCGAUGGAAAGUCUACCACCGAUGGCCAAUCUGACACCGAUAAGAGAUUUGACACCGAUGUGCAGUCGGACAACGAUCUGAAGGCAGAAAGCCUUGGGAAGUCGAACCACGAAGAGAAGUCUGGCAACCUUUGGAACUCAGACAAAAAUGGACUGUCCGGGAAAACGAAGCACUACAACAAUGAAGAAUAUAACGGAGGACAAUAUAACGCUACAGAGCACAACAAUGCACAGAACUACUAUAUACGUCAGGUCCAUUACGGCGAGCAAACCGUCUACGGCGGACAGAGCGACAACGCUAGACAGUACGAUGCUGCACAGUACGAUAUAACGUAUAACGAUGGACAGUGUAACAGUGGACCGUAUAACGCUGAGCAGUAUUACGAUGGACCGUAUAACGGGGAAGAGUUUAUGUGUGAGCCGUAUAACUGUGAGCCGUAUACCGGUGAGCAGUAUAACGCUGGACCGUAUAACGAUGAACAUAAUAAUGGUGGACCGUAUAACGGUGGACAGUAUAAGGGUGGCCACAGCGUCUACAGUGGAGAUAGUGACUCCAGUGCACAAAGCGAUUCUGAUGGACAGAUCCACUUAGGUAGACAGAGUGAACAAGGCGACAAUGUUAGACAGUGCAAUGAUGUACAAAGAAACACCGAUGGAGAGCAUAAGUACGGAGAACAAUAUGACUACAGCAAACAGAUUGUAUGCAAUGGACAAAAGGAAAACGAUAGACAGAUUGACCUUAAUGGACAAAGCGACUACAGUGAUCAGAUCGACUACAGUGGUCAGGUCGACUACGGUGGACAAUACAAUUAUUGUGGACAGUACGAUAACGGUGGACUGAUUGCCUACGGAGGAAGGAACGACGAGAAUACAUCUGAUAUUCAGUGGUACCCUGCCACUGAAUCAGAAGUAGUGCGGUUCUCGGUCGACAACGAGAACAGGACUGAUGAUAGCAAAACGAAAGUGAUAUCUAAUUCUGAUGAAGAUUAUUUGCCAUCACCGCCAAAAAGGGCCAAGGCACCAACACCGAGCGCUACAAAGGAGACGGUGGUGCUCCCCAUAGAUACAGUUAGAACGGAAUUCUGUGAUGAGCUGCCCGAAUAAUGGACUGCUUGCCAUGUGUCCAUAUGAUGAAGGAUCUGUAAAGGUAUAUUAAGCUAUGAGGUAAAUGCAGUUGUGUCUGGAGGUCCUGCAAUAGCACAUUCGAUGGAUCUCUCGGAUAUAAAUAAUAUACGUUUAUCCUAUUAUAUUAUUAUAUGCUGCCCCAAAUCCCACUUAGACCCCAGGGACUGUGUGCGAUGGGCAUAAAUGUUCAAUUUGUUUUCAAAUUUGUAUGCAUUUAAAUGCAAAUUCAGUUAGCUUUGUUAUUAAGUAUAUAAAAAUGUUUUUUUUUUAUGUGCAUUUAAAUAUUUGCACUUUGGCAAGCGGCCAACACAAUGUUCGUGUCUAAAAAAAAU